UGAGGAUUGUUCAUAAAAAUCGCGCUUCAUGGGCGGCUUCAACUUCACUCGAGGACAUUCGAUGGUUUCAAGGUGAUAUUUUUAUGGGGGAGUUGAUGUGGUGAAGUGUUUAACGCUUCGGAGGGGAGUUCCAUCGGAAUUCGGACUGUUUGGGCGGUUUUUAUGGAGUGGUGAGGCUAGAAGACGAGGUUGUGGGGUUAUGUUUACAACUGUUGAAGCCACUUGUGCCUGGAUGUGGACCUAGUGCCCUAAUCACGAGCAGUUGUGUUGUUUUGUGAAUAUUCAUCGAUAGGACAGUUUGUAGGGGAAUAAUUUAACGCUGGGGAAGGGAGCUCCAUCGGAAUUCGGACUGUUGGACGGUUUUUGGGGAGUGAGAGAGGCAAGAAGACGAGUCUGUGGGGUUAUGUUUACAACUGUUGAAGCCACUUGUGCUUGGAUGUCUUGGAUCUAGAGUUUUUACCACGAGUUGUUGUUGUUUAUAAACAUUUAUUGGUAGGAAAUUGAUAGGGGUGAGAUGGAGCCGGAGUAUGAUGAGGAGAGGGGGGGCUGGGGCGAUGAUAUGGGGCGUGGGGACGAUCCAGGGGGUGACGAUCCUCUGGACAAUCCCCAGGAAGUGCUCAAUCAGUGUCUGGAGAAGUUCAAAACACCGGACUACAUCAUGGAGCCGGGGAUCUUCACUCAGCUCAAAAGAUAUUUCCAAGCAGGCGGCAACCCAGAGACGGUAAUCGAGCUCCUCUCGAAGAACUACACAGCCUGCGCCCAGAUGGCGAACCUCCUCGCAGAAUGGCUGAUCCUGGCAGGCGUCAAAGUGACAGAUGUCCAAGCAAUGGUGGAGAACAACCUGAAAGACAUGAUCCUGAAGACGUUCGACCCGAAGAAAGCCGACAAGAUCUUCACGGAGGAGGGAGAAACCCCAGCCUGGCUGACCGAGAUGAUUCAGCACCCAACCUGGCGUUCCCUGAUCUACCGCCUGGCCGAGGAGUACCCAGACUGCCUCAUGCUGAACUUCACCAUAAAACUAAUCUCAGACGCUGGAUUCCAGGGUGAGAUCACCAGCAUUUCGACAGCAGCCCAGCAAAUCGAGGUUUUCUCUCGAGUACUGAAGACUGCAAUCGCUGGAUUUCUCCAGAACACUGAGGACUGGCAGACGAGUAUAAAGGAAUGCGCGAAGAUGGUGUGCCAUGGACAGCACACUUACGUGUACAGUCAGGUGUUACUGCAAAUACUGGCGCAGGAGACGAGAGGUGGAUUCAUGAUGAAGAGACUCUCCCAAGAGAUAACAAAAUGUGCCCAGCAGAACAGACACGACGUAACACCAAUCACAAUGGCUCUGAAUGGAGCUGCUAGCAGCCCAGCUGCCUGCCUGGCCCUGGCAUCAAUGUUGUCGAGAAAUACCCUGAAUCCAGCUGACAUCACUGUCCUCUUCAGACAUUAUUCCUCGACAGAGCCACCACCAAUAGAACUAGUGAGAAAUCCCCAGUUCCUGGAGCUCCUCGUGGAUUCUCUCUUCAAGUCCGGGGUUAAACUCAACCCCGAGCACAAGUCCAAGUAUAUUUAUCUCCUGGCUUAUGCUGCGAGUGUCUGUGAAACCCUCCCCAGAAAGGGAAACACUAGGAAAGUGAAUAAAGACGAAUUGAAGACGACUAUUCAAGCCAUCGAGAAGGUCCACAACAUCUGCAAUGUCAAUAAGGGAUCCACUGAGUUGGUGGCUGAACUUAAUACACUUUACCAGUCCAUUCGGUUCCCAGUGGUGUCUGUGGGGAUCAUCAGGUGGGUUGAGUGCACUGUCACUGAACCCUCGUACUUCAAACUCAGCACUGAACAUUGCCCUAUUCAUCUGGCACUGCUGGACGAAGUCGUUGCUUGUCACAAUUUGCUGCAUCCCAAAGUUCUGCAGUUACUGGUGCAACUUUUUGAGAGCAAACAGGAUGAGCUGGAGAUCCUCGUCCAGCUGGAGAUGAAGAAGAUGUUGAUUGAUAGGAUGGUUAAUCUGCUGAGUCGAGGAUGCGUUGUUCCGGUUGUUUGUUAUAUUAAACAGUGCUGGCAGAGGGGAGACACUGAUAUUUCUUUGAUCAGAUAUUUUGUUACUGAAGUACUCGAGGCAAUAGCCCCUCCAUACAGCCUGGAAUUCGUACAACUAUUUCUUCCAAUGGUUGAGAACGAGGAAAUCACUGGGACAAUGAGGGGAGACAGUGAUAAUGAUCUUGUUUCAGAAUUCAUAAUUCACUGCAAAGCCCAUUGUCCUGUCGUGAGAUGACGAUUUAAAGAUUGAAUUUUCAUGGUGUUCUUGAUGGAGAGUAAUUCUACGAUCUGUGGGUGGUGUUAGAUUAUGUGGCCUCUGAAACAUACGAUCAUUUCGCGUAAGAAAAUAUUUACUUUGGUACAGAUAUGAUAAUCACACAUUCUUAAACGUUUUGUUAAUUUUCGAACUUCACUCUGAUGAAAAUCGUUAUUAGAGUUAUUUGGUGGUUAUUAUUAGUUGAACACUCUCAAGACUGGGGAGUUAGGAUUAUUAUCGGAGUUGUAGGGAUGGGAUUACGUUUCAGAGUGCAAAUCUGGGACUCUUUGACUUACAAUCAUCGAUCGAUAUCGUUAAGAUCUCUCAGCUGUAAAUAAUUAGAGUAGUGAGGAUAAUACAUUAAAAUUAUUUAAGAAAAUUAUUUGAAUCAUUUUGUAAGGCUGGUGGUCCAAUAAAAUGAGAGGAGUAACUCUA